AUGUCUUGUGGAAACGUUGACAUCUUAAUAUCAUUGGCAAUCCUAAACGCUAACUUGAGCUUUUCUGCAACAUGCAGCCAGAGCCAAGGGCUUUGCACUGCUCCCUGGAAGAAAUGGGGUGGAUCUUGCUACCUCAUCACCCAAAAGCAUCUGACGAACGACGAUGCCCGUGAAGCCUGCCGUAGACUGGGAGCCAAGAUGACAGCGCCGCGCUCAGACCAGGAAAACGACUUCCUGGCAAGCCUGGCCCAAGGCAGUAAGAUUUGGGUGGCUUGCACCGAUCGCAGGCAGGAGGGUGAGUGUGAGUGUGAAUGGUCUCAAGACGGUGAAGGAAUCUACACCAACUGGAGGGAGGGAGAGCCGAAUAACUACGGAGGGCGGGAGGACUGUGUCUUUUUAUGGCCAUCAGACAAGAAGUGGAAUGACGUACGGUGUGAGAUUGAGAUAUGGGCAGUUUGCAAGCGACAGCUCGGAUCCUGCUUCUCUACCAACAACGAAGGGCGGCUGGAAGUUGACUCUUGUCUCUAA